CGGAGGCCGCCUCGCUGCUUUCAGUUUUCAUUGAGGCUCGCUGGUUACUGUUUAACAUCCCCACCCACGAUUCAGUUUGUUUAGUAAAUCGAUCUUGCUGUGAGAGUCAGGCCCCGGCCCAGUCGCCAUUGAGCCAAGCUAAUAUUCUCCCGGCAUAUGGUCCCCCAAAAUCUUUGCUAGAGAUCCGGGAAAACAAACAAACAGACAAAACAACAAAAUCCCUGAGCCACCUCUCCUUGGGGCCUAACCCCACCUCCCAGCUGGCAGCAAACUUCCAGGCCCCCCGGACCGUGCACCUCGGGACACCGCUUUCAGGGCGGGUGGGGACCUGCUGCUGGGAUGAGGCGCAAGCCGCGCAGCUGAGUGCGACGACGCGGGAGCUUCGGAGCCGCUGGAGUGGAGGAGAAAACUGGUUUUCAGAGACGUGAAGAGACGUGGGUGCCUGAGUUCACAAAGCUGACAGCGCUGCCCCGGAGACCACCAGUAUGAACACUACAGAGGGUAGCGUCAACUGUCUCUGUGCGAUAUGUGGAGACAGAGCAACAGGAAAGCACUACGGGGCGUCCAGCUGUGACGGCUGCAAGGGCUUCUUCAGGCGCAGCAUUCGGAAGAGUCACGUUUAUUCCUGCAGGUUCAGUCGCCAGUGUGUUGUUGACAAGGACAAAAGAAAUCAAUGUAGAUACUGUCGAUUAAGAAAGUGUUUUAGAGCAGGAAUGAAAAAAGAAGCCGUGCAAAAUGAGCGUGACAGAAUAAGUACUAGAAGAAGCACAUUCGAUGGCAGCAACAUCCCCUCCAUCAACACUCUGGCGCAAGCUGAGGUCAGGUCUCGCCAGAUAACAGUACCAAGCCCCGGUGCGAGUACUGACAUAAACUUGAAGAAAAUCGCAAGCAUCAGUGAUGUCUGUGAAUCUAUGAAGCAGCAGCUCUUAGUCCUGGUGGAAUGGGCCAAGUACAUCCCUGCCUUCUGUGAACUGCCCUUGGAUGAUCAGGUGGCCCUGUUGCGAGCACAUGCCGGAGAACAUUUACUGCUUGGAGCUACAAAGAGAUCCAUGGUGUACAAAGACAUUUUGCUUUUGGGAAACAACUACGUUAUUCACCGUAACAGCUGUGAAGUCGAAGUCAGCCGUGUGGCCAACCGAGUUCUGGAUGAGCUGGUCAGACCUUUCCAAGAGAUCCAGGUGGAUGACAAUGAGUACGCGUGCUUGAAGGCCAUUGUGUUUUUUGACCCAGAUGCAAAGGGACUGAGCGACCCUGUGAAAAUUAAGGGCAUGCGGUUCCAGGUGCAGAUCAGCCUGGAGGACUACAUUAACGACCGGCAGUACGACUCCCGCGGCAGGUUCGGGGAGCUGCUGCUGCUGCUGCCCACGCUGCAGAGCAUCACCUGGCAGAUGAUCGAGCAGAUCCAGUUCGUCAAACUGUUCGGCAUGGUCAAGAUCGACAACCUCCUUCAGGAAAUGUUGCUGGGUGGUGCUGCCAACGAUGGCGGCCAUCUCCAUCACCCAAUGCACCCACAUCUGUCUCAGGAUCCACUAACUGGCCAAACUAUACUUUUAGGACCCAUGUCCACACUGGUUCAUACAGACCAAAUCUCAACUCCAGAAACCCCACUCCCUUCCCCACCCCAAGGCUCUGGGCAAGAACAGUACAAAAUCACUGCAAACCAAGCUUCUGUCAUUUCACACCAGCCCCUCUCUAAACAAAAGCAGUUGUGAGAACCUACUUGCUUCUGAAUGGCAUUGCAUAAAUGUGAAACACGUUGAUAUUGAAAUGUCUCAGGAUGGCGGUUUUUGCCUUCUUUUAGGCAAGGCUUCUUCAUGGUGCUGUUGUAAGAUGGUAACCUAUUUUCUUGUUUGUAAACACAUUUUGUUUAUUGUCGCUGUAAACCUUUCACAUGCAACCCUUGUAUAUUUAAAUUUGAAGUUGUUUUAUAGUGUUUUGUUUCCAAUUGUCCCUGCACUGUGCUCAAACCACUGGGAUCUUAUGUACGACUUCCAUUGUUUUUCAUAAUAUUAAUUUAAAUCUGUAAAUAAUUGCUUUGUUGUGGUGUGAUGCAGUUAUUUUUGGUUAAGAGUAGAUUAUAAACGCCAGUUAAUAUAAAAUUCAACCAAGCGUUGUUUUUAAUAAAUUGUAAACUUGAAGAUUAGAAAAGGAAAGCUGUAGCUAUAGAAUAGAGUGUUUCUUGAAGGGGACUAUAUCAGGGCCUGCUGUGGCCAGCAGUAAAUGUGCUUAUGUAAAAUUCAGAGAACUAACACCAUUGUAAAGAUGACUGGAUAGUCUCUGCAUUGUGACAGCUUUUGAAGAUGUCUGCUAUGGGAAGACAUGUUUUUUUUCUUUCAGGUGGCAAACAAGCCAAAGCUAAACAAAGAAAUAAUAAACCAUGGCUCAACCAAAAGGGACAUUCAUUUCUUACUCCUGGCAAAUCUGGAAAGUCAUCCAUUCAUUGGAACUUAGCAAGUCCCCACACCCAGUUCUUUUGGAAGCCAGGAGAUUCUUUCUAUAGGGACCCAUGCCAGUUCAAGUUAUACAAAUCUGGGAGAAAGAAUGCUGGGGAACAAGCCAUUGAACACAUUUGUUCAAACCCAGCUCUGGUGGGCUUUAAUGAGAUUGUGUCACAAAAGGACACAUGCAAUGCUUGCGGUCUGGUUUUGAAAACAUACAAUGACUGACGAUGGAAUAUUAUCUGUCAUGGUACUCAUGAAUGUAAAUAACAAAUAUGCAAUUGUCUGCAUUAUUUGCAUUGAGGAUAAGAGACCAGUGUUGUACCUUUUGUGAUCCUCACGUCUCCUAAAAUUCUUAAGAAGUUUAAUUGAUACUAGAUUGAUUUUGAUGACUUAGUGAUUUUUUGCAAUGUAGAAAUAUGCUAAACAUCUAAUUCUAGACUGAAAUGUAGCCCCAACUACUUGUGAUCACCUAGAGCUGGGGCUUCUUUUAAAAGCUCUCUUACUUCCUGCCUAUUUUUUCUUUCCCUCUCUUAUGUUUACUGAAGUAGCAAAGAAGAAAGUUGAAUAUAUAGAUGUAUAGUUAUAUAAAAAUGUAAAAUUGAACAUAUAUUAAAAGAAAAACAGUAUCUGAAACUGUGAGAUUUUGGGUUAGAGUUCUCCAGAUUCUCAGAUUAUGAGUCAGACCUUCCAUCUAUCUACAGGUAUAGAGAUUCCAUUUGAUAUUAACAAUCUUGGCUCUAAAUGUGAUGUGACAGCUAUCAGUGAUUUCACAGACUCAAUUGUAUUUAUUCAAAUGUUGUUAUCCUUGUGAAAUUAAACUGUAACAUUGAUGGAAGGAAAGGGAAGGGAGAGAAAGAGUUCCUAAAUUAUUUUAAUAUUUUGAAAAUUUACUCUUGUUUCACGAAAUAAGCAAGUUACUAAUUUUCAUGACCACAAAUAUCACCUGUAGCUUUUUGUUUACUUGUUUAAUGUUAUUCUUCUAAAAGUCAAAAAAUUCAUAUAUCUGGACUAUAACAAACUAUAUGGAACUGAGAAAAAUAAACAAGAGAAAUUUAUUUCUCAUAGCUGUCCAUGUUGGAAGCCUAAGAUAAAGAACUAUCAGAUUCUCUCUCUCUGAUUUAUAGAUAGUUAUUUGUGAGAUAGCUCUCAGGGGACCUCUUUUCUAGGAACAGGAUUCUCAUUCGUGUAAGUACCAUGACCUCUUCACCUGCCAGCAUUCCCACCUUUGCAUAUCAUCAUAUUUGUGGCUAUAUUUCCACAUAAAUGAGGAGGCAUAUGGACAUUUAAUACCAUAGCAAAUAAUUUUAAAAUGCAAAACAUAAAAUUUAUUUUUGGUGAAUGAUAUAUCCAUAAUGAUUUACUGACCAGGUAUGUUUUGAAAAAAUAUUGUUAAUUAUUUUGUUUGAAAAACUACAGUCAGGGUAUUUGUAAUAUAGUAUUUUUAUAUACUGAACUGCCAGAAAUAGUGGAUAAAGAAGAACUGAUGCUUUCAGCAAACUAUCCAGAUACUGUUAAGAAAAGUUAUUACUGUUAUACAAUACAUUUUUUUCAAGUGACAGAUAUAAAUAAUUUAUUGUAAAAUAACAAUUCAUUUUAUAAAUGCGAAAUUAUUUUUAUAAAUUUCAUUGUUGAAAAUCAGAAAUGAAUAGUUUUUUAAAUGUUGAAUUACAGUGAGAUUAAAAUAUUUCUAAACUGUGAUAUUUGUUUUACUUGGCUUUAUAAAUAAAAACUGAGAAAAUUAACUGAAA